UGCACAACAGUCAUGGCAUCCAGCAUAGAGCUGAUUAACCCCAAAGCAGAGAGCGUACGGAGGGCUGCUGCUCUUCAGGUGAAUAUUGCGGGUGCGAUGGGUCUUGCUAAUGUAGUGAAAAAUAAUCUCGGCCCAAGAGGGACGCUCAAGAUGCUCGUCGAUGGUGCCGGUCAGAUUAAGAUGACAAAGGACGGAAAGGUCCUCCUCUCUGAAAUGCAAAUCCAAAAUCCUACCGCUGCCAUGAUCGCACGAACAGCCGUGGCACAAGAUGAUCAGGUCGGAGAUGGUACGACAUCGGUUGUACUACUCGUCGGCGAGCUCCUGAAGCAGGCCGAUCGCUACAUCUCCGAGGGCGUACACCCCACCGUCAUUGCUGAGGGUUUCGAUCUGGCAAAGAAGGAGGCUCUGGCAUUCCUGGACACCUUCAAGCGACCAGUAACCCUCGACCGCCCAACACUCAUCAGUGUCGCGCACACCUCACUCGCCACCAAAAUCCACAGCACGCUGGCGAAGCAGCUUGCUGCUGACGUCGUAGAUGCCGUGCUGACCAUCCGUCCUCCACCCCCACCAGAAGAUGCCAAGGACAGAUGGCGAGAACCUGUUGAUCUGCACAUGGUUGAAAUCAUGAAGAUGCAACACCGAACAGCUUCAGAGACUCAGCUCGUCCGUGGCUUGGUUCUAGACCACGGUGGCAGGCAUCCCGACAUGCCCAAGCGCGUCGAGAACGCGUACAUCCUGACACUGAACGUCAGUCUGGAGUACGAGAAGACAUGCGAAGUGCAAAAAGAUUGUGAGCUGAAGAACCUCGUCUGCGACCAGGUCGUAGGAUCAGGCGAGAAGCCCAAGAACUUUGUCAUUAUCAACCAGAAGGGUAUCGACCCACUCUCUCUGGACAUCCUUGCCAAGAACGGCAUCCUGGCUCUUCGUCGGGCGAAGCGGCGUAACAUGGAGCGUCUGCAGCUCGUCUGUGGCGGUGUCGCGCAGAACUCGGUCGAUGACCUCACACCGGACCUGCUCGGCUGGGCCGGUCUCGUCUAUGAGCACACCCUCGGCGAGGAGAAGUUUACUUUCGUCGAAGACGUCAAGGAUCCGAAGAGUGUCACUCUCCUCAUCAAGGGCCCUAACCCGCACACCAUCCAGCAGACCCGAGAUGCGCUCCGCGACGGCCUGCGCGCGGUGAAGAACGCGUUGGAAGACGAGGCGCUGGUCCCUGGCGCCGGCGCCUUCGAGGUCUCGUGCGCCGCGCACCUCUCUGGGCCGGUGAAGAAGAACGCCAAGGGGCGAGUCAAGAUGGGUGUCCAGGCAUUCGCCGACGCUUUGCUCGUCAUUCCGAAGAUGCUCGCUGCGAACGGCGGAUUCGACGUUCAGGACGCACUUGUCCAGCUACAGGAGGAACAAGCGGAUGGCAACAUCGUUGGUCUCGACCUGCAAUCCGGCGAGCCAUUUGACCCAACGAUCGAGGGUGUAUGGGACAAUUAUCGGGUCAAGCGGCAGAUGCUGCAUUCAUGUUCUGUCAUCGCUGUUAACUUGCUCUCAACUGAUGAAAUCCUUCGUGCCGGGCGCAGCUCGCUCAAGCCCGACGGCCAACAGUAGACACUGUACCACAUGCACCUGUCAAGCAAUACAAACUCUAUUGGUAGCGACUAGUACUAAUGGCACUAUGCGAAGACGG